AUGGGAAGAUUAAUUUGGAGGAAUGAAAAUAUUGUAAUUAGAGAAUAUAAAACCAAAGAUAAAGAUUUUCUUUCAAGAAUAAGUAGACUACCAAAUAAUUGUGAUUUUCAUUCUUUACAAGCUUAUUCUUUUUGUGAUGAUUACUCUAUUAGAAGAAGUAUGACACAAAAUGGAUUUAUUUGGGUAGCAGAAGAUGAUAUUACAAAUAAAGUAAUUGGUGGUCUUUGUCUUGCUGAAAAAAGGUUAAAAAUUAAUGGAGUUGAAAGAUUAUUUUUUUAUCCUUUUGAUGCAAUUGUUGAUCCAGAAUAUAGAAGUUUGAGUAUAUUAAAAAGAUUAACAGAUUUGGCAACGCUAACAUUUAUGGAACAUUAUGAUUUAAAACCAAUCACUUAUACUUCAACAAGUAUUACCAACGAGAAUAUGGAUAGAUUUUAUAAAAAUACAUCAAUGAAGGAAAUGGUUCAACAAGUACAACAUGCUUGGAGGGUUGAACAUCCAUUUAUAGAACCACAAAGAGAUGAAAGAGUAAAAAUUUGGAAAGAAAGAGAUUGUCAUUUGGUAAAGGAAAAAUUUGAUAUUCAUUUUAAAAAUUAUGAAAUGGUCCCUGUUGAAUUUGAUGAAUUAUUAUUUAACAAAUUUUAUAAACAUUCUUAUUUUGCUCAAUUUAAAGGAGAAAAUAAUAAAAUGAUUGAAGCAUCAAUUAGUAUUUGGGAUCAAAACAAGGUUUCAACAUUGGUUAAUCUUACACCAUCAAUGUUAUCAAGUAAUGAAAUUCGUGGUAAUAGUAAUCAAUUGGUUGAUGAAAUUACAUCAAGAAAUACAAGACAACAACAAAAUAAUCCAAAUCAUUUCUUUCAAUUAUUUGGUUGUUAUUCAACUGAAAAUUUUAAUGAUCCUUUGGAAUAUUCUUUAUUUUAUGAAUUAUUAAAAUUUGUUCAUAAUGAUUGUUUAAAUAUGGGAGUUGAAUAUUUAUUUAUUGGAUUAUCAAAAACUGAUCCAAUUGAUAGAUAUUUUCCUUUGUUACCAGGAAUUAAAAGUUUACCAUUUGUAAUGCAUUUUUGUCUUGGUAAUGAAGAAGAUCAUAUCCAAGAGAUUAUGGUAUCUUAUUACUUUAUGCUGAUACUAAUAAUAAUUUAA